GAAUAAUUCACAAGUGGUGUCACCUUAUCUUCUCUACAUCGUCCACUGCCUACCCGAUUAAAAAGAAUUUUUAAUCGUGACUGCCUAUUACUUAAUACUUAUCUCUCCUAAACCUCGGCUGGACCCUGGACGUGUCUGGUGGACGUCCCAUCGGCCAUCAUUAGUCACCAAGACACGUUUGGAUUACAGGACGCUGAUAAGUGACAUUUCACAUAACAACUGUGUUGAUGUAAAUCGUAUGCAUACGGUGUAGGUAGUUGAAAACUGAAUAAACAUUACUAUAGUGACUUCCAAGUUGCAGUUCAAAACAGUAUGACGAACGUUUAAAAAACAGUAACCGUACAUUACAACGAUAACUUCUUGCUGACCGUAAGUGGACGUGCGCAUUCUAUGAUGGUGGACGAACAAAAAGAACUCGAAGAUCGAGAGAUCAUCAUAAACGAAGUCGAUGGAUUACCCAGCUUACUUGAUGAAAAAAAUGAUUUAUACAAAGCCGUGACCUCUGAACAUUCAUCGUUAGACGAUCUAAAUGAUGAAGAUUUGCCUACAUCGUUAAUUGUAACUAAUAUUGAUCCUGCAAUUUUUAAGGAUGACGAUCUUAAGAAAGAAAUGGAAAUGUUGUUUAGCCGGUUUGGAGAAAUCAUUUCUGUACAAUAUUUCCGUAGCUUCAAGCGCUUAAGGGUUAACUACGGCACUUCAGUAUCUGCUGCCACUGCCAGAAUCCAGAUGCAUCAAAUAAGGUUUUAUGACACAAUAAUCAAUUGUUACUUCGCACAGCCUGUUACACCAAUUGAUGCGGCAGACCAACACUUACAAUUACCGGCUCCAGUAAAACAGUUUUUAAUAUCACCUCCGCCAUCACCACCAGAAGGUUGGGUACCUAGAGCUGAAGGAGAGCCUCUCAUAAAUUAUGAUUUACUAGCUGCUAUAGCGAGCCUCACACCCGGUCAACCCCAUGAAAUCCACGCUGCAACCGAUACUUUACCCGGCAUUGUUUUACAUGUGGCUGAAGGACAUGAAAAUAUUAAAACAUCGGUUUCUACUAUUCCUCAUACAAGGCUACCAGAAAAAUAAAAUUGUGUUUUUAAAUGUGUUAUUUUCUUAUUAGAUAUCUAUGUAUUUUUAAUGAUAUUUUGUGUAUUUUAUUUGAUAUUUGAAUACUUAUCAUUAAAAUUAAUCUAAACAUUUAAAAUUUAAAAUUUUUUCUGUAGUGUUAUUUUAUUAGGACACAUUAUUUAACAUUUUUUUCUCAAAAUGGUUGUAUGUUUGACAAAAUCUCUAAUCAUUCUAGUAUUUAUUUCCUUUAAGACUGUCAAUAAUAUUACUUAAUAACAUACAUUUUAAGUGUUUAAUACAUUCAUAGUGUGUAAAAUAUGAAUAAUAAUAAAAAAUGUGUAAAAAUGUAAGUAAA